AUGCUAUAUUUCUGGGUUUACGAAAACCAACGCAUCCCGUGCGAUAUCCCUGGCCACGUGACUGUGCUCCAAGCAAAGAAAAUUGUUUCUUCUAAGCUUGGCUUCCGUCUCGCCUUCCGUGAAGAGAACAAAGUCCUAGUUCUUCGUUUUGCUGGUUCCGAAUUGGAAGAUUCCUGGAUCUUAGGAGAUCUGAACAUCGUUCCCGGUUCCACCCUCAAACUGGCCCUCCGUGCUCGAGUCCAGCCGUCUCUGUUCGUCUUUUGUCGCUACAAUCGUGAGACGUUUUCAAUCGAUAACAUCAACUGGAUCGGUGAAAUGAUGGUCAGCGAACUAAGGCAACGCGUGUCUGAACACACCGGUCUGCCAGUGUCUGUCUCUCGUUUACUUAGUCCAGACGGACGCGAAAUGUAUGAUAUGUACCGACUGUCCAGUUACGGUAUCGCUAAGGGGAUGAAAAUCUUCAUGGAGACAUGGGAUGGAUGGAACGAAUUUCUGAUGUCGUCCAUUGCCGGGAGCGCAAAAGCUGUUAUAGCGUCGACGGAUGCGAACGAAAUCGUUGCCCGGUUCCAAUGGCGUGUUGCUCUUUAUAUCGCUGCGCACUUUGGACAUGUUGAUCUCGCAUCUUAUAUUAUGAAACUGGGAGUGAAAUCCCACGAGCCGGUUGGGGAACACCCGGCCCGUCAGUGGUGUAACCAGAUUGCAAACGUGAACAGCCAAAAGGCGCCGGUUCAUGAAGCUGCCCAGCAAGGCCAGUAUGUCCUCCUCCGUCUGUUCGUUUCUCAAGACAUUUGCUGUUUGUUAGCCAAAGACGGUAGCGGUCAGAACCCGUUGUCUAUCAGCCUUCGCCGUAAGAUGAAAGAGUGUGCCUCAUUUCUUCUUGCUAAACAAUGGACUAAAGUCCAAGUGACUAAAGAAUUGAACCUUCCUGUUAUCCUUUAUUCCAAAAUGCUUAUCUGGGCCGAUAGGGCCAAACAUCGCGCACUGGUUUCACACGGUCUCGAAAAGUCGUCUUUGAAACAUGGCAAUAAGAACCGAAGUCCACUCGUGACCUUCGGCGUACUGGUUGAUGGUUUUUCUCCUAGUCAAAUUAAUAGCAGACCCCUACCACUUCAUUCUGAGCCAGCGUGGGAAUCUUCUUUCUUAAAUUUAACAUCGCGUGAGUCCAGUACCUUACAGCCUUCUGUAUGCAAAAGUCUAACCCACAUGUCCAACACGGAAAGAAUUCAACGGAGAUCUAUCACUCCUACUUCAGCUAAGAAAACUAGUCUCCCGCCAUUGCAAUUGUCAAAAACGUCUUCGCAGAAGGACUCACCACGGUCAAUGGAAACUUGCAUGAGAACAUCUCCCUCUUUACAGCUUCACAGCGAAAAAACGGAUCCCCGCCAGAUUGUGACUAAAGAAACCGGCAGGCGGCGCUCACAAAAGAUACCGAAAAUUGAAGUCUCAAAGAUGUCGCUUGAACAAUCCUCUGAAGAGAGUGAAACAAACUCGAAAUUCUCUCCUUUUCUUCCCAUGUUGGAAAACUCAGGAGAUGAAAGAAGCAACAAGGAUUCAAAUGAAUCUCCAAGUUAUCUUAAAUGCGCUUCUGACGAUAAAAGUGGCUGGACUACCUCCUCUGACUCGCCAAGUCUCUCAAGUGACAUCAGCAGUCGCAAGUUCACGGGAAGACGCCAUUUCAGUCGUGCCCGAAAGUGUCGACCAUUUUUUUACUAUCCAGGCAGUGGGGACAGUAUUGUACGUGAUACAUUGGCCAGCUACGAGAAAUACUGCGAACAAACGCCGUCCCAAAGAGCGAAACGAGCCCUCGCUAUCGCCGAGACGUUUAAAGAGAAAUCUUUUCUCUUAAGACUAAAAAUCGCCAUGGGAUUGUAUUCUGGUCCAAUCAAACGAUUGCCCAGGCUGAAUUCAAUGUCGAUUUUUUCUACGGGCGUUUCAAACAACUUCUCUGGGGCUAACAAUGCAAAACAAACUCAGUAA